GUCAUGAGCACGCCAAUGUUCGAGUGUAGCGAGCAUCUUUUUAAGAAUGCAGCUACCGCGAAGACAAAGGAAUCGUCAUCAACAUCGACGACGAACAAUUCCAGCAACGGCACGUCCGGCAACAAUGGUGGCCACGCGCCCCUGCGUCGUAGCUACACCUCCCUGGUGACCACGUUGAUUGAGCAGCAUCGCAAACUGGACCGAAGCGCGAGCGAGCCGACCUCUCGCUACAAGACCGAGCUGUGUCGGCCGUUCGAGGAGAGCGGUACCUGCAAGUACGGCGACAAGUGUCAGUUCGCGCACGGCUACAGUGAGUUGCGCAAUCUCGCCCGCCAUCCGAAAUACAAGACCGAGCUCUGCCGCACGUUCCACACAAUCGGUUUCUGCCCGUACGGCCCCCGGUGCCAUUUCAUUCAUAACUUCGAAGAGGCGCGAAUCCACAAUCAGAAAGUGAGCGCGCAGUUGGGCUCCACGCAGCCAAACAUCAUGGGCUUGAACCCGUUGUUGAGCGCCGCGGCGGCGGCAGCGGCGGCCGCAGCCGGUAACAACUGCAAUGGAUCGAACGUUACUCAAACCGUGAGCAGCGUCAGCCUUCUCGAGCAGAUCGUAGCCUCGCCGCAAGUUGCGGCCGCUGCGGCAGCUGCGGCUACCCCUAGCCUCAUGAGAACCAACUCGUUGAGCUUGUGCAGCAGCAAUAACACGUACAAUCCGCCGCCCUUGCUCCGGACCAACUCGUUGAGCUUGACCACCACUCAACACCACCACCACCAUCACCACCAUCAUCAUCAUCAGACCGGCACCACUGGCGUCAGCUCGGUGGUCGGCGCAUCCAGGCUGAAGCCUUUAAGCCUCAGCAGCCCGACCUUCUCGCUCAGCAGCACAGGGGAGUCGAUCUCGCCGUCGUCCAGUCUCAGCCAGUCGCCAACGAAUUCCAUGGCGAGCUUCUUCAGCGAUGACUGCAGCCAACAACCAUCCCUGAGCCUACCCACCACGGCGUUCAGCUUCGGCCAGGAUUUCGGGCUCCUCGCGACAAGGCAGAGUCCUAGUCCACGGACGAACAGCAUGUGCAGUCCGCUCAGCUCGGACGAGCUGACGCCCAGGACUCCAUCCCCAUUGUCGCCGAACGCUGAUUCCAGGUUGCCGGUUUUCAACAGGAUCAGCAGCUCCCUUGGGGACUUCAAGAAUCUGAAAAUCUAAGGUGCUACCCUAGCCACCUGCACACACACACACGCGCGCGUGCGCGCACACGCACACACACAACACACGCAUAUACACAGACACACUGUCAAACCCAUACAUUGACACAAGUACACAGUUACACGCAGUCCCGAGUCCUUCGAACUCUUUGGUACAUUUCUCUUUGAAAAUUUGAUUCUAUCGAAGAUAGACGGCUCACGACGACGUAUAGAGGAAAAUAGAAGACAAAGAGCUUCGGACACGAAAACACGCUAUAUAAUUUAUCUCUACCGAAAAGACAGGAGAACGUGAGGGAGAGCGGACGGACCUCUCCCACCGACUUGAGAAGUUUCUUUUUUUCUGUUUUUAUUUUCCCCACUACUAUAUAUGUAUAUGUACGUUUUUUUUGGUCUUAAACGAUCGAGUUGCAUUUCUCGUGUGGGACGGAUCUUCCUUCUCCAUCGAACUCGGCUUCUUAUUUAAGCGUUUCUUUUCUGUUCGUAGGACACGUUAGACAUUUUACUCGCGUUCUUUAAGCGAUCAUCUCUUCCCUUUUAUCAUAAUCGUCUUGAUUAUUAAUAAUAUUAUUAAUAUUAUUAUAUUAUUAUAUAUUAUAUAUUAUUCGCUAGAAUUAAUAAUUAUUAACGUUAUCAGUAAUAUCACUAUCAACACUAUCAUUACUCUUAACCGUAUUAGUAGCGUCAGUCACUGUCUGACUCCGACCGCCAGAGCCGUUUUCUUCUUCUUUUCUUCUUUUCUUCUUUUCUUCUUUUCUUCUUUUCUUCUUCGUCUUCUACUACUUCAUCAUUUUUUACGUUAGAUUUACGUUCAUUUAGCGGAAAAGUCGAGAUUGUAUCAGCCCGGAUGUCUCGACCUGCUCGCGUGAGAAUCCUCGGAUAAUUCAACUGCGGGAAAAAACGGGGGGCGGGCGAAAGAAAAAGGAUACUACCGGGUGGCGAGGAUACGCGAGAAGCCUGCUGAAACGAGAGCCGGAGGUGUCCAAGCUUCUUUUCCGAAUCGCAACUUUCCUCGGGCGAGUUGUUCCUUGAUCUCCGUCGAGACUACGUUAUCUCGACUUGUUCCCUUCGGCUCUAUGCGCUCGGCUAGCUUCAAUGUCUCCUUCGUCGCUCGGUUUCGCUCCCCGGCCCGCGAGGAUGAUCGCGAAGCGUCGUUCGAUCCGGGGCAGGUGAAACGUUGCAAUAUUCCAAAACAGUUUUAGUUGCGUUUCUGUAAUUUCAUUUUUUUUAUUUUUUGUUUUAAAUAAUUCUGAAUCCCUUCGUUCGAGAAGAAGGAAGGGAAGGGAAAGUUGUCUUGAGAGUGAAAGGGAGGCGAGAGCGCGGCCCGCGCUCGCGCGUGUGUUUGAGGGGGAGAGAGCGAGAGACAGAGAGAAAGGAGAGCGUGAUAGAUCGGUACGUAAAGGAGAGAAAGAUAGAGUUAGCGCGGAGGGGGGAGGUCGGUGACGAAGCGCGUGAAACGGAUCAAGAAUCAAACAUCAUGCUAUGCAAAUUAAGUGGCUUAAGAACUCCGAUUGUCUUCCAAUGUUAGAGAGCGAGUGAAAGUGUGCUUGUGUGCGUGAAUGUUGCGAGCAAGUGUGCGUGCGCGCGAGUGUGUUAUAUUAUAUAGUCAAGGUAAGAGAGGAAGAUGGCUGAGGGACCGAAGUGGCGGUGAGAGAGCAGGCGGUGUGUGGUAAUGAGCAAAAGGAAGAUAAUAAGAGAAAGUGGUGCGUUCGUGAGUGUGUGGAAGCUAACGCAUGGGAAACGGACGUGUCCUCUGAGUAAGUGAAUGAAAGCGUGCUCGUUUAAGGAUAAGUUAUACGAAGCCGUUAGGUAUAUUUUAUUGGCGGGCACUCGCCCCGCAGGGCUUUCGAUCGAAAUAUAUAGAUAUAUAUCGAUGCUUCGAGACGGCAACCACUUUUCUUUUUCACGCUGCAGAGAACAACGUGUUUUCUUAUACUUUUUUUUUCUUUGUUUUUUUUCUAUUCUUUUUCGUCCUUGAUCGGAACGAUGUUCGAAAAGAGAACGAUUUCUUGAGAGAAAGAUUAUUGGAAUCAGUGACCAGACCUUUUCUUGUUUAGAACCCUCGUUUUAUUGAUUUUUCGAGACUACGUUUCUUCACUUUUUCGCGGCCGCUUUUUUCCGGGACUCGGUGAAGUUGGUGAUGCGUGCCUUCCCAGGAAAUGUUGCUUUUUUCCUUUUUACGUUGUUCGGUAACUUUAACGGUGCAGUUAGAUUCCUUUUUAUGGGUUUUUCCGGUACGAAAGAAAAGACAGGAAUGUUUUGGUUUUAUUUCGUUUCUUCGCCGAGUCCGAUGAUUGACCGAAGAAGGCACGAGAACCGAAGGGUCCAAACAGAAUUUCCCGGAGAGGUGUUCAGAGCAUUUUUACCAAAAGAAAGGAAAAUCUCGACAGUUUUAAUUACGCAACAGAAACCCAGAAUAAGUAGCAUAGGGAAAUAUCGAUGUGGCUUCCUCGUAGUGCCUUAAAGUAGGCCUCGAUUAGUAAAUAAAUGACGAGUGAAUGAUUUGUAGAGAGAGAGUGAGAGGGAGAGUAACAAUCAUCAUCAAUGUCGUGGUAUAUAUAUAUAUAUAUAUUAUUCUCUCCCAAUUUAAAAAAAAUUGUGAUAUGUAACUACUGCAAUAGAAAUAUAAACUAUUAUUAAAAAAAAAUAUUCUAUUAUAGAGAGUGAACAGAAGGGAGAGAAAGAGAAGGAAUCAGAGAGAGAAAGAGAGAGAGAGAGAGAAAGAGUGUGUGUGUUGGAUCGAGCGAAAGAGAGAGUGAUUGAGAGUAAUGAGGCGACGUAUUUUUCAAAGUGCUUCCGGUUUCGCGGAAGAAAUCAGUUUUCGCGCUUGGGAACGUUCAAAAUUCGCAUUUCGAAAGCCAUGGUACAAACGAAAUGUCUUUCAGCGUUUCGCGAAAUGUCAACGAAGAGCUAAGAAAAUUCGAUCGAGGUGCCGUGGUCGAAUUCGAAUCAGUUCCCCUCGCCGAAAAAGAAAAAAAACGUUUUGCUUCCACGACACGUCGCCUCCUCGCGAAUAUUGAGAAGGGAUUAAAAGAAAAUUACAAAAAAAAGGAGCAAGCAAAAUAAAACGAAAGUGCCUAAAUGACGUGGUUUCUGAAAAAAAUCGAAUACAUUUUGUAUAUAUGCACACUACACACUUCUUACGGUAAACAAAAAAUGUUUUCGUUUAAUUUAUACUUGAAAGCAAAUGUUAUUAUAGUUUUAGUUUAUCAUUAAUAUUAUUAUAUUAUUAUUAAUAUAAUUAUUUUAUUAUUAAUAAUUAUUAUUAAUUAUUAACUAUUAUUAUUUUUUAUUAUUAUUAUUGUAUUCGCAACACUAUACGCCUCAGUCGCAUCUGAAGUAGAUCUUUGGCUACUUCGACGAACAGCACGGCAUCCAUUUAAAUAUUGUCACCAUUUACUAUUUAUCUGGUCAAUUGUUUCUUUUUUCUACUAUUUCUUUUUUAUUAUAUCAUUAUUAUUAUUAUUAUUA